AUGGUAUACGAGACAGAGGAGGAUAGAGUGACCAUUAUGAACAAUCUGUGCCGGAAACUAAUUGGGAAAGUAUUCGGUUAUGAGCUGAUAAAUACCCUCGCAACCAAGAUGCAGCAUAUAGAGGUAUCUCGUGGUGAUGUCGUCUAUGAGGAGGGUCAGAUAGCACGAGGAGCUUAUCUAUUGAUAUCCGGGGAGCUCAGCUUGUACACUGGCCCUGCCAGAAUAGGCCCAGCUAUGGAUAUACCGAGGACUAGACGAGAGAAUCAUCGUAUCAGAGUAGUGCGAUCUGGUGAAUUCCUAUGCGAUAGUGCUCUUUAUGAUUGGAAUACCGCCGCUCGACCACAACGGAAUGAUGAGAGCGGUCUGAGAGAGGCAGCAACUACCAACUACACCGCUGAUGAGAUUUGCAAGGACGGCAUUGCAGGAUUCGAAAAGCUUGAACAAGUUGGUCAAGGUACCUAUGGUGCAGUGUUCAAGGCUAGGCAUAAGAAGACGGGUAUUCUCGUAGCUUUGAAGAAACUAAGACUUGGAGAGGGCGAUGUGUGCAGAGACGGUCUGCCCAAAUCGGUCAUUCACUCGGUUAUCCUUGGUCAGGUUGUAAGAGAAAUUCGUAUAUUGAGUCAGCUUGCCAAUGGCCCCAAUAUUGUCCGCUUAUAUGGCUUAUGCAGCAGUGCGGCGACAGCACAUAACCGGAAUAGAGGAAGUUUAUACAUGGUGGAGGAGUUUGCGCAGCAUGACUUGAGUGGUAUACUAGAGGAGCGCAAAAGGAUGCUUACAAUACCAGAAGUGAAGUGUAUGAUAAUACAGACCCUUCGAGCUCUAGAUUAUUGCCAUCUCAAUGGCAUAGUCCAUCGAGAUAUCAAGUGUGCUAAUCUACUGGUGGAUAGAAAUGGCGUAUUGAAACUUGCGGAUUUCGGCUUAGCACGAGAAUGCACAUCGGUGACAGAUCCAGAAGAGGAGGAUGUACUUCGAGUAGAGGAGCGGCAACGAAAGGCGGACGCCAGUAAGGACCAUGAGACAGCAGCUCCUCCUCAUCAUCCAGCCCUAUACACGAAUAAGGUCAUUACUUUGUGGUAUCGGCCACCAGAGCUCCUCCUUGGAAGUACGUCCUAUGGACCAGAGGUUGACAUAUGGUCUGUUGGAGCCAUUCUGGCUGAACUUCUGUUGCAGAAACCUAUAUUCGCAGCAGAUAAGGAGAAAGGAGUUUUCAAUUUGAUAGUGGAGCAUCUCGGUGAACCCUUUCCACCGUUCUGGGAGGACUUGCCACUGUUUAAUGAAUUCACAGGAAAGGCACCUCCCAGGCCCGAUUCCCCAACGUCUCCUAGUGCUGAGCCCAUACCGGUCGAUCCAGCUAACCCGUCGCUCAAGACCUCAACUCCUUUGGAUUCCAUAGAAUCCUCUGAGAUUCAUUCUAUUCCUGAUCCAAACACUCCUGGUAUGAUGCAUCUAGGAUCAACGGUCGGAGAAGAUCAACAACAGUGCAAGCUUCUGAGGCUCCUGCGUAACGUCAUUACCAUCGGUGGAGCGGACUUGGUAUUACAGAUGUUAGACAGAGAACCUUCGAAGCGAGUUAGAACUCCUCAAUGCCUCGAGCAUCCAUUCCUGACUUCGGAGCAUCCUCUUGCUUGCAAACCACAGGAGGUGAAACUCAAUAACAGCAUAUGUUGUCAUGGUAUGAAGUUGAAGGAUGCUAAACGGCAGAGGCACAUGAUGAUGCAUAACCGUAUGCAACAGCAACAACAGCAGCAUGAUGGUGAACGACGAGCUAAGAUGAUGAAAUUGCAGAUGUCCGGAGCUUCUGCUGGAGAAUAACAUUGUUUACGUUAAGCG